CUUUUCUUUAUUCUUUUCCCCAAAAAUUAACCAUGGUAACAGCACCUACUGCUCGAAGGCUAUUCCCCAUUUUGUUCUAUUCUGCUAGAUCGACGCUUGAAAGUUGCAGACGACAGCCUAUUCAACUUUAUCGGGCUGCUUAUUACACUACUUCAUCCAGUAGCAGACGAUUAGCGGCCGUACCUGAACCUACAACUUCGAAAUCUUCUCGUACAGCAGGCUAUGAAGUUCAAGAAUCAACAAGCUGAGAUCAAAGAUGCAAAACUUAUAUUCAAUCAGGCUUGGAAAAAUAUUGAAGAUCAUUAUGGAAAAGAGAAUAUCCAUUUGCCUAGAGAGUUUAUCUUCUUAAUGGGUGCACCGGGGUCGGGAAAAGGAACACAUACUCCUUCUAUUUUACGUGCACGUGGCAUUACAAACCCCCCUAUUUCCGUUUCUCAAUUACUUCAGACACCCGAAUGUAAAGAACUCAUUAAUCAAGGCCAAAUGAUCUCAGAUCGCUACGUGAUAGAACUGCUAUUACAUGCUAUGCUGGGGUGUGCUGAUCCUACCGUGGGGGUUUUAGUUGAUGGCUUUCCACGUACGGAUGUUCAAGUAGAAUGCUUAAAGUUGUUGUAUGAUCGUAUGACGGAGCUGCGGAGAGAAUUUUGGACUACAGAUAGACGAGAUCAGUACCCUCGACCGGUCUUCCGUAUUUGUGUGCUCUACGUGGAUGAGGAGAUUUCUGUUCAAAGACAAUUAGCAAGAGGUCGAAUGAUCCGUAAACAUAAUUAUGAAGUGAAAAAAACAGGCCAAGGGUUACUUUGGGAUGAGCGUGUAACAGACUUUGAUGAAACUCUGAUCCGUGAGAGAUAUUCUAUAUUCAAAGCACAUUACGGCUCACUCUUAAAAUUAUCCAAAAUGUUUCCAUUUCACUUAAUCAAUGCAACAGGCUCUAUAAACGAGGUGUUACGAAUUAUUCUUAAAGAAUUUGAAUAUCAAUCUUCGUUGGAAUUGGAUUCAGACACCUACGAUUCUAUUUCACAUAUACCUUUAGCAAAUUCCAUCGGAAUUCAUGCAAGACAGGAUCUUAUCAGCAGAUUGGAACACUAUCAAGAUACAGAACCUGUCAUGCUACGUAAAGCCAUUCAAUUCAUUGAUGAACAAGUCAUUCCUCAAAUUCAUCGACAUUCGAUAAGUGGACAUACAAAUAUUCGAUCUGAAAACCCCCUUUUGGGAAAUGAGCAUUUCGCAAAUAUUGUUAUGGACGUAUUGUCAGAACGAGGUUAUCAUGUUUCGUUCGACCGUCGAUUGCAUCAUGUACCUGUGCGUGUAGAUCUCAAAACAGGCAAAAUAGAGCUCGAUACACACCAUAUUUAUUUAUUGACUGUUGAAUAUCCGAAGCAUUACAUCCGUCCAUUAGAGCAAAAAUUCAACUAGAUAACUCUAUCCAUUCUACUAUGUAUAUCACCAGCGCAAUGCCCAUUUUAAAACUAUUAUAUCCACAUAGCGGAACUGUACCUGCCUAAUUGUUUUCGACCCAGCUGUUCACAAACCAUUAAAGAUCCUCUGAUAUGGCUUCUUUCCAAAUUCUCCAUUGUUCUUUAAGCGCCUCCUUAACGUUCUCAUCUGCAAAAAUGGCAUCAAUGGCAUUGUAUGAGAUUGUGUAAAGAUCCUCGUAGUUUAGGUUGUAGCCUUCAGCUGCAAUCCUAUACUCAUCCGAAGAAUCA